AUGUAUUCGGACAACGGCUUAACUUUUGUCGGAGCAAAUCGUCAGCUCAGCGAGUUGUAUGAGUUACUUCAUAGCGAAACUGUCAGGCAAAAGGUAACUGAUUUCAUGACCAGUGAAAGGAUAAGGUGGUUUUUUAAUCCGCCUAAGGCUCCACAUAUGGGUGGUCUUUGGGAAGCAGCAGUGAAGAGCGCCAAGUUUCANUUGAAGCGUAUAGCAGGAGAAGUGUCAUUGAAGUAUGACGAAUUGUUCACACUCGUGGUUCAAGUGGAAGCCAUAUUGAAUUCGAGGCCACUUGUCCCCUUGUCCAGUGAUCCUAAUGAUUUGAAUGUCAUUACGCCAGGACAUUUUUUGAUAGGUUGUCCACUUACAACCUAUCCAGAACCAAGCCUUGAACUUUUGCCAUCAAAUAGGUUGUCGCGUUGGCAACGGGUUGAGCAGUUGAAACAACACUUUUGGCGACGUUGGACUAAGGAGUAUCUACACAAUUAUCAAGUUCGGUCAAAGUGGAGAACGGCUGGUGAACCUGUCAAGCUGGGUCAGUUGGUGGUGCUACAGGAGGAUAAUUUGCCACCCUUAUGCUGGAGCCUGGCGCGUGUGGAGCAGUUACACCCUGGUCAUGAUGGUGUUAAACACAAGAGACUUCAUCAGUACAACAACAACAGACUUCAUCAGUACAACAAUCACUACAAUCAGUACAACAAUCAGUACACGAAGAAGAAAACAAGCGAAAAAGAGGUACCAGUGCCGGACGAGCAAAGCAAUGGUGGUGGUACACUCGUGGCCGCGGUACUCGUGGACGCGGUAAUCGUGGCCAUUGCAUUACGUACAACUUUCGUAUUUAAAAAAAAACAACCUCAAGUUGUAGCAUGGCAUCCAGCAGAAUUCACGGACAAAAAAAUGCAAGACCCAAUACAUAAGAAGUUCUAA